AUGUUCUGGACCGCCGAGGCGAACUCCAAGCUCUUUGUCGGUGUUUUGGACCAAAUGCGCGGCAAGCUCAAGCUAGACUAUGAGGCCCUCGCUGCUCACAUGGGCUCCGAUUGCACUGCCUGCGCUGUCGAGCAGCACAUCGUCAAACUAAAACGCCAGGCGAAUAGCUUCUCAGCCGGUGCCGCCAAGGGUGGUUCGAGCAACAAGUCAACCCCGACUGGCACCCCCAAGAAGCGCCAGCCAGACCGCACCUCAUUGACCCCGAUGAAGAAGGUUAAAGGGGAUGAUGCCUCUACCGCCUCCUCUAUGGCAAUCGGGCAGGAUAUUGUCCUCAUCAAGAGCGAGCGUGAGCCUAAGAUUGAGAGCAAGAUCAAGAUGGAACACCUGGCUUGA